CAGUAAAUUUACAAGCAAAUAGCCUCCUUUCCACUAAACCAAAUAAACCGAAAAAUGGGGAGCGACAAGAAAUCAAAGAAAAGACCCUCUACUGAGUCUGAUGAUGAAGGGAAACGCAAAAAGCAUAGAACAAGGGACGAUAAGGAAAAGAAGAGCAGUAAAAACAAUAAGAAAGAGAAGUUGAAGAGCAAGAAAUCUCACAAGCAUUCCAAGCACCAUAGGGCUGAAGGCAAGAAGUUGGAGGAGAAACGUGACCACAAACAUCAUAAACAUGACCAUCACUCAAUCCAAGAGCUUUCUAGUGAUGACUACUUCUCAAAGAAUAACGAGUUUGCAACCUGGUUGAAAGAAGAGAGAGGAUUGUUUUUCUCCGAUCUUUCAUCUGAAUCUGCACGCGAACUGUUUACACAAUUCAUCAAGGACUGGAACAACCAAAAGCUUGAUUCUCGAUACUAUGAAGGCAUCUCUAGUGGUCCACGGACUGCCCACAAUUGGAAGUUAGUUGAUAAGAAGUGAAGUUGCCAAGUUACAACUGAGUUUAGCUAGCCACUGAGGACUGACGAGAUUUUGCUUUUAACUUUGUGGUGUAGUUGGAUGCAAAUUACAUGGUUUCUCUGUGCAAUGAGUGUAUUUUCAGUUGCUGAGAGUUCAAUUUUCUGUAGAAUUCCUUAAUACUUGCAUGUGAGUGAUGGAAGAUAGAAGAUCAGUUUGAAGAUACCAUGACGAUGCCUGCUACUGUGCUAUAUUGGGAUGGUAGAUUUGUACUUGAAUACAGGUCACAGUAAGAAAUUAGAAUUAAAUACC